AUUGUUGAUCCUGGUGCGUGUGAAAGGAUUAACCUUAAUUUAUGUGAGAAUGUUGUGAAGAUAGCAUCGUUAAUCGGCUAUUUUUAGAAUUUCAAUUAAGAAUCGAGUACAUUUUGAAUUCCAACGAAAAGUCCCGAGAUGCAUUUCGACCUAUGGCCACCAAUCGUAAAGGUUAGUUCGAAAUAAUGACACCGCGCGUUGGGCGCCAUUUCUGUCGUGUCAGUUAACGAAAUACCGCCAAACGUGUUGCCGCUAACCUCGCAGUGUGUUUAUAACAAAGUGUACAGUGAGAACUUUAACUGCAAACCAUGACACAUAAAACAGGAACUGUCAUGAAUUUACCCUGGGUUGAGAAGUAUCGUCCGAAAAAGUUGGACGAUCUCAUAUCUCACGAAGAAAUCAUUAAAACUAUUAAUAAAUUCAUCAACGAUGACCAACUUCCUCAUCUUCUGUUUUACGGCCCACCCGGUACAGGCAAGACCAGUACGAUACUUGCUUGUGCUCGAAAAUUAUACACAGCAGGACAAUUCAAUUCGAUGGUAUUAGAGAUGAAUGCUUCGGAUGACAGAGGUAUAGGAAUAGUUAGAGGCCAAAUUCUUAGUUUCGCUAGUACGGGCACGAUGUAUAGGUCUGGUUUUAAAUUGAUUAUCCUGGACGAGGCGGAUGCUAUGACUAACGAUGCGCAAAAUGCCCUUAGGAGAAUCAUUGAGAAGUACACAGACAAUGUAAGGUUUUGCAUCAUAUGCAACUAUCUCAGCAAAAUUAUCCCGGCUCUUCAGUCACGGUGCACGAAAUUCAGAUUUGGCCCACUGUCGGAAAGUCAAAUUUUACCUAGGCUAGACGACAUUAUCAAGGAAGAGAACUUGGAAGUCAUCGAAGAUGGUAAAAAGGCACUGAUCACUUUAAGCGGAGGCGACAUGAGAAAAGUGUUGAACGUUCUCCAGAGCACGUGGCUCGCUUUUGGUUCAGUCACGGAAGAGACUGUUUAUACUUGCGUCGGCCAUCCUCUUCCUAUCGACAUAAAGAACAUCGUGAACUGGUUGUUAAACGAGUCAUACGAACUCUGUUAUGGCAAAAUACAAGACAUAAAGCUGAAGAAGGGACUCGCGUUGCAAGACAUAUUAACAGAACUCCAUCUGUUUGUGAACAAAAUUGAAUUUCCGGACGAGAUACUUAUCGAUCUGGUGAUUAAACUGGCAGAAAUAGAAAAGAGGGUUGCCAUUGGUUGCAGCGAGGCGGUGCAACUUAACGCCCUCGUUUCAGCGUUUCAAAAAGCCCGCGAUAUCGAGGUCUCGUGAGGUUUUUUCAUUAAGGUAAUUUCAAGUACUAUAUUUUGUUACCAAUUCCAAUAAAAAGAGAGAAAGUGAGAAAGAA